CAACCUUAUAAAGUCACUUGGAAGAAGCCGACCAACACAACAGGUGCCUCUGGCUGGAAGAUUUUGCAUGUGAAAACUGCCUUCACCUUGACUCGUUUGAAAAAGGUUCCAGCCACAGCCAGCCGACCCCAAGAUGCCGCACAGGCUGCUGCUGCUGCUUUCCGUCCUGGCGGGCCUCUCCGUGGGUGUGGCAAAGGGGCAGGCGUUCCACACUGGGAAAUGCCCGGAUCCUCCCGUGCAGGAGAAUUUCGACGUGAACAAGUAUCUUGGAAGAUGGUACGAAAUCGAGAAGAUCCCAGUGAGCUUUGAGAAGGGAAGCUGCAUCCAGGCCAACUACUCACUAAUGGAAAACGGAAAUAUCAAAGUGAUCAACCAGGAGGUGAGAGAUGGUGGAGAACUGAAUCAAAUUGAAGGUGAGGCCACUCACACCAACCUCACAGAGCCCGCCAAGCUGGGAGUCAAGUUUUUCUGGUUGAUGCCCUCGGCGCCAUACUGGGUCCUGGCCACCGACUAUGAGAACUACAGCCUGGUGUACUCCUGUACCACUUUCAUCUGGCUUUUUCACAUGGAUCAUGCUUGGAUCUUGGGAAGAAACCCUUAUCUCCCUCCAGAAACCGUGACCUACUUAAAAGCUAUCCUGACUUCCAACAACAUUCCUGUCGACAAAAUGACCACCACAGAUCAGGUGAACUGCCCCGACUUCCUGUGACCAGGCUGGGCUGCUACAGCAAGGCGGGGCCCACUCCGUAUGACUUCCUUUGCUUUACGUCUCCUCGCCCUCACGCCGGUGACCCAUUUCUAAUACCAGGAGGGAAGGUGAACAACACAGGCCAUGGGAGGGACCUUUAAAGUUGACCCAAACACGUAGCCACGGGCCACCUAGCUGCCUUACUUGCCUAAGAAUAAACUUGCUGACAUGCUAUACUCAUGA